AUAAUAUGACAAAUAAAAAGACAAAUAAAAAAAGAGGGGAAAAAAAAAUCAAACUAAAAAGGCUCUCCCGUGUCGUCCGAGUCUCCUCCAAAAUACUCACUGCUCGUUCUCUGCCUCUCCAGUGUACAGUACCGGCAUGGCUACUUCUUCUCCGUUAUCUCUUCAUUGCACAGGAAACUCCACACCAUCAUCAUCAUCUUCCCACUUCAAAUCCAUGACCGUAACCACCGCACAUCCUCUCUCUCAGCUCUCUUUCACAGCCACUCGCUUUCUCUCUCUAAAAACUCCUCCCACUCCCUCCUCUUCUCUCCGCGCCUACACCAACAGGCCCGGAGUCCACCGCCGCCACGGUGGUGGGCCCGCAAAGACACAUCCAAAGACCCAACCUCUAGAGAGACGCAAGAACAGCCAGCUCCGCGGGAUAAAUGAACCGAAUUUGAGUCGUAGCCAGUUGAACAAUCAGAAUGAGAGUGACCAAUUUCGAAGUUUUCCGCCGAACGUUGAUUUGAUGGGUUUAUGCGAGGAGGGUAAGAUCGAAGAGGCGUUGGAGUUCUUGGGUCAAGGCGUCUCUGCUGAUUACGAGGUUUUUCGUUCGUUGUUGGAUUCCUGUCGGGACAAAAGAUCGGUUGAGGUUGGGAAAAGGGUCCAUGAGUUUCUGAGGCGCUCGCCGUUUCGCGGCGAUGUUGAGUUGAGCAAUAAGGUGAUGGAAAUGUAUGGGAAAUGCGGGAGUGUGAAAAGUGCACGUAAGGUGUUUGAUAGAAUGACUGAGAGAAGUCUGAGUUCGUGGCAUUUGAUGAUCAAGGUUUAUGCUUUGAAUGGACAGGGAGAUGAUGGGUUGUUGUUGUUUGAGCAAAUGAAGAAUGUGGGAUUGAGUCCUGAUAAGGAGACAUUUUCGGUGGUUUUGGAAGCUUGCGCUAGUGCGGGAGCUGUGGAAGAAGGGUUGAUAAUUUUUGAAUCCAUGGAGAGUGAGUACGGGAUUGUGCCGGGGAUAGAACAUUAUUUGCGGGUUGUUGAGGUCCUCGGGGCAUCGGGUUACUUGAAUGAAGCGGAGGAGUUUAUUAAAAAAAUGCCAUUUGAGCCUCCGGCUGAAGCGUGGGAAGCACUUAGGAAUUUCACCCGAACUCAUGGAGAUCUCGAACUUGAAGACCGUAUUGAGGAGUUACUUGUUACUGUUGAUCCUUCUAAGGUCAAUCCUAACAAAAUUCCAUUGGCCCAGAGGAAGAGGCAUUCGGAAAGUAGCAUGAUAGAAGAGAAGAGCAGAGUGAGCGAGUAUCGGUGUCCAAACCCGUACAAGGAAGAGGUUUAUCAGAAACUGAAGGGUCUGAAUGGGCAGUUGAGGGAAGCGGGUUACGUGCCUGAUACACGAUACGUGCUUCAUGACAUUGAUGAGGAAGCGAAAGAGCAGGCCUUGCAGUACCAUAGCGAGCGUUUGGCGAUUGCGUAUGGUCUGAUUAGCACUCCACCAAGGACCACUCUUAGAAUUAUGAAGAAUCUCCGGAUCUGUGGCGACUGCCACAAUGCGAUAAAAAUCAUGUCUAAGAUUGUUGGAAGGGAGCUGAUUGUUAGGGAUAACAAGCGCUUCCAUCAUUUCAAGGACGGAAAAUGCUCGUGCGGGGAUUAUUGGUAAAGGCAUUUCCACGCUAAUCCCUCAACUGAGUUCCAAGAGGACUUUUUUGUGCUGCAGAGAGAGAGCAAACUGAGAAGUUUUGGCUUGAACUUAGCCAUGUAAGUGAGAACAUUUGUAGUUUGUAUUUUAAAAACAAAGAUCGACUGUUUAUUUGUAAAUUAUUCUUUUACUUUGAUUCAAUCACCAUCUAAUAUAAACAAGUAAAAUAAUCAUGCAUUACCAUGGCAACUUGGUAAUACUGC